AGCAUUUCCAAAACCUGGAUGCAUGGGAACCGCCCCAGAAAGAUUCUGAUUCAGUUGAUCUGGAAUGGACCUGAGCAGCAGAGUUCAAAAAGCUCCCCAGGCCUGGCGCUCCUGCUGCCCCCUGCCACUCUGGCUGCCUUGGCAGAAAGCUGGCUCCAAGAGGACUGCCCAGGCCUCAACCACAUGGCCUUGGUCACGGGGGCAGCUCCCUCACAGGCGGUGCUGUGGGCCAAGUCCCCCGGGGUGCUGGCUGGGAGGCCCUUCUUUGAUGCCAUCUUUGCCCAAGUCAACUGCCAGGUCUCCUGGUUCCUCCCCGAGGGAUCAAAGCUGGUGCCUGUGGCCAAGGUGGCCGAGGUCCGGGGCCCUGCCCACUGCCUGCUGCUGGGGGAGCGGGUGGCCCUUAAUAUGCUGGCCCGCUGCAGUGGAGUUGCCAGCGCUGCCGCUGCUGCUGUGGAGACCGCCAGGGGGACCGGCUGGGCCGGGCACGUGGCAGGCACGAGGAAGACGACGCCAGGCUUCCGGCUGGUGGAGAAGUAUGGGCUCCUAGUGGGCGGGGCCGCCUCCCACCGCUACGACUUGGGAGGGCUGGUGAUGGUGAAGGACAACCACGUCAUGGCAGCUGGUGGUGUGGAAAAGGCGGUGAGGGGGGCCCGGCAGGCGGCCGACUUCUCCCUGAAGGUGGAGGUCGAGUGCAGCAGCCUGCAGGAGGCUGUGGAGGCGGCCGAGGCAGGAGCAGACCUCGUCUUGCUGGACAACUUCAGGCCUGAGGAACUGCACCCCACGGCCGCGGCGCUGAAGGCCCGGUUCCCGAACGUGGGCGUGGAGGCGAGCGGGGGCGUCACGCUGGACAGCCUCCCUCAGUUCUGUGGGCCCCAUAUCGAUGUCAUCUCUUUGGGGAUGCUGACCCAGGCUGCCCCGGCCCUCGAUUUCUCCCUCAAGCUGUUUGCCGAAGGGGCCACUCCAGUGCCCUACGCCCGCCGCUCCUAAAGCCGAGGAGGCUACACUGGCAGUGGGAUAACACGGUUUCAUGCGACUCUCACGAUUUCACUUCUUUAAGUCCAGUGGCCAACAGAACACUCUCGAGUUAGCCUGGGCUAAAGUCCCACUCUGUCACGUACUGCUUGUGGGACCUCGAAGGACUGACUUCACCUCUGCUCACCUCAGUUUCCUAAUCUGUAAAAUGGGUCUAGCCAACCUUAUGGAUUUCUUUGGAUGAUAAUUAACGCAGAGUAAGUGCUUAGUAAAUGUUAGAAAUUACUAUUAUUGGGCUUCCCUGGUGGCACAGUGGUUAAGAAUCCACCUGCCAACGCAGGGGACACAGGUUUGAGUCCUGGUCCCACAUGCCGCGGGGCAACUAAGCCCGUGCGCCACAACUACUGAGCCUGUGCUCUAGAGCCUGUGAGCCACAACUACUGAGCCCGUGUGCCAUAACUACUGAAGCCCAUGUGCCUAGAGCCCGUGCUCCACAACAAUAGAAGCCACCGCAAUUAGAAGCCUGCGCACUGCAACGAAGAGUAGCCCCCGCUCGCCGCAACUAGAGAAAGCCGCGCACAGCAACAAAGAACCAAAGUAGCCAAAAAUAGAUA